UUGUUAGUUCCGACCGUGAGUAAGACCAAUGACGGAAGCAGCGACCUGCUGACGUCGCAGGCUCCUGAUGAAUGUGGUCUCCCGUCCUGCUCCCAGCUAUUCGGGAUCGGAACUUUUGGCAGCGCAGCAAAGAGCCAAAAACUACUUUCUUCAGAACACAUGUGUAAAGCGAUGUUACAACGGACCGGUCCCCACCUGCUUCUCCUAAUAGCCCUGUGCAGUGUGUUAUACUCCCGCACUCUGAGUCUACCAUACACAUCCAUGAGACCGACGAGACAUGCAGACGGUCUAUUCACCAGCGGAUACAGCAAACUCCUGGGUCAGCUCUCAGCGCGGAGGUACCUGGAGUCUCUGAUCGGAAAACGGGUCAGUGACGAGAUGAUGGAGGAGCCCGUGAAGCGCCACUCAGACGCCAUCUUCACAGACAACUACAGUCGCUUCCGCAAACAGAUGGCAGUCAAGAAGUACCUGAACUCAGUCCUAACAGGAAAGAGAAGCCUUGAAGAUCCUGGGACCAGCGACCCAGAGGAGUCCAGGGAUGAACCCAACGCCUUCCAGGAGAGCUACGAUGACAUCAACGUAGACCACCUCCUAAACAACUUUCAGCUGCCACUUUGAGGAGGGAACCAUGCCCAUGUGAAUACCUCAAGUCAUCCUCAUGAAAACACUCAUUUAAAAAACACAACACAGUAUUAAUCCAAAGGACGUCAAAAAGUCAUGUCAACCAACAAUGAUGUGUUCUCAGUGUGGUUAUUAAUCUAUCCAUCUACACAGUAUAUGUGUACCCUGUAUAUAAACUGUAUUUAUUUACACAAAGAUAACUUCUAAAGACUCUCCUGGACGUCCACAUGCAGCUUAAUUUAGUUUACCAGCACUGAAUUAACCUGUUUGCUUUAUUUAAAUCUUAGAGUUUUCAACAGAAGCUCUCUCACAGUGAAUUAAGAGUAUCGUUUUCCCCAUCUGAGCUCACUUCAGUUUUUAAAUGCUUCCCCAAUGGCUUCAAAAGUCAAAUAGUAAUGAUUCUAUAUGGAAGAAAUGUCUGAGUGAUUUUUAAAUUCCUGUUUUCUCUCAUUUCUCUCAGUUUUUCAUCCUAUUUUUCUGAUAGCGUUCAUCUCUUUCACGCUAAGCGUGUCAUCAUGAUUGGCAAUUAAAUUCAGAAUCACGGUUAAAGUCCUCUUACCUUUCAAUGUAGCAGGUAUGUGUGCAACAUUAAAAAAGCACCAAUUAUUUUGUGGGUUUUAAAGAAAUUGUUUCAAUACAACUGCUUAUUGCACUUGACAUGAUUCUACUGAUUGUGUUUCUUUUUUAUAUUUGGACCUGUUGGUCCAAAGGUAAAGAAUUGUUCAGUUUUUUUCAUCUAUUGUAUUAAUGAGGGUUAGUUAAUUAUCAAUUUGGAUGUGUAAAAUCCAGAAAGUUUCAUAUAUUUCUGAUAACUCAUUGUUACAUCUCUUAACAGAUGACAAGCCCCUCUGGCUUUGAAAUUUGAUAUCCUGAGCUUCUGGUGCUUAAUAUGAAAGAAAGUGAUCACUGUUUUCUUUCUAAUCACGUCUGAUAUAAAUUAAAGAGCUCCCAUUUCACAUUCAGUGCUGCAAUCCUGGUCUGAGAAAAGGUCUUUUUUUCAUAGAAUCCAUUCAGGAGGUCCUUUGAUGACAAAAUGAGAUACAUGGGCAACGGAAGACAUUUUGAAUGGACACUAACUCAUAUAAUCACUUUAUACUAUUCAACAUGUAGAGCUAAGAAGCUGUAACUGUGCAUAGAUCGCCUUUAGUGCAUAUAGUGAUGUACACCACUCAUCAAAUAAAAGAUGUUGGUUUAUUUUUCAAAGCUGAGUCGUAUUGUCUGGCUCAUUGUUUGAUGUGGCCUCCGUGUCUUUAGCACCAAUGUCCCGCGUAUCUUUUCUUUCUAUUUUUUUUUAGGAAUACCAGUAUUAGAGUAUUACAGUAUUAGAGUUUGCUGAUUAAAAUAAACCUUUUGGAUUAAAAACCACAUAAAGAGCAUAAUCAGACUGGAUUUUUUGGACAUUCAAUACUGUUUUUCAUUUUUUAAGAAAAUAAUUAAUUGAGUCUCAAAUUCACACAUUUU